AUGUCGGUUGCAGCUCCGUUUCAGCUCCUAGAAAUAAACAUCAUAUCGGCGCAGGAUCUUGCGCCGAUUUCGAAAUCCAUGCGAGCCUACGCGGUGGCGUGGUUGAACCCUGAGCGCAAGCUAGCCACGCGGGUCGACGAAGUAGGUCACACCAACCCAACGUGGAACGAGAAGUUCGUGUACAGGGUUGAUGAAGACUUCCUCAGCAACGAAAAUUCCGUUAUCAUGAUCGAGAUCUACACCAACGCAUGGCUUCGCGAUGUUCUCGUCGGCACCGUCGGGGUCCUCGUCAGCAACCUCAUCCCGCCCUCCUCUCGCUCCGGGAACCGCAAGCCAAACCUCCGAUUCGUCGCGCUUCAGAUCCGAAGGCCCUCCGGUCGCCCUCAGGGGAUCCUCAACAUCGGCGUCACGCUCCUCGAUAGCACAAAGAGGAGCAUGCCUAUGUAUUCCGAACUCAGCAACUCCGCCGUCGGUUAUUGGGAUCUGAAGGACCCUAAGAAGAUGACAAAACACCAAAACGACGACGCCGAGAGCCAGGACAACGGUAUCAACGAUCCGAAGCUCUUGACGCUGCAGAGAUGCCAGAGCGAGAAGAACGAUUCAACAAUCAACGAUUAUACCUACCAAGGAGCGGGCCAAAACUUCUAUGCCCACGACGGACACGACGAGUCGGAGUUUCUCACUCUGCGGAAAGGCACACCAAUUGUGAACUUAAACGGUUCGUUGUGUUCGGAUGUAGGUCCGUCGCCAUCGGUGGUGGCGGCGGCAAUAGCAAAAGGAUUGUAUCCGAUGCCGGCACUGCCACCGAGAUCGGCAGAGAGUUCGGCGAUCGACGGUUGGACAGGGAAUAGCAACUCGGAAGUAGGGAUGAGGACGAAGAUUGAGAGAUGGAGGAUUGAGCUUACCCCUGCUUACGAUCUGGACCAUCAACAAUCGGCGCCUCCAUCGGAAGUUAGUGAAGAGUUUGAGGUGAAGAAAUACAAAAGCUCUAAGCGCGUUGUAGGUAAAACGCCGGGGAGGCGGAGUAGCGUAGGCGGGAACCGGCAGCAACAGCAGCAGCAGAAAGGGUUGUUUUCGUGCUUCGGGACGGUGUUUGGGUGUGAGAUCUCAAUUACUUGCGGCGGAGGCAAACGGAAGAAGAGGCAUCAGGGGAAGAGCCACGUAAUAAGUGGAUCAGAGCUCACUUACGAUGAAUCAUCUCAAUGCAGAGAUUAACUGAUUAAUUAAUUUGUUAAUUAAAUUAAACAGGUAUUACUUUAAUUAAUCAUUAAUUGAUUAGCUACUCUGGAGAUUAGUAUCGUGUGCGAUGCAGGAGCAGCCCCCUCGCGAGACAUGCAUGGUAGUAGUGGGAUUAUUGUACGUAGGCGCUGUAAAUUGGGAUCCGCAAUUUUGAUUAAUUAAUGGUUGGAUGUAUGUAGAUGCAGCAGAAGAAGGUGUAGCUUUGUUAGAGAGGAUAUCAGAUUCUUUUUUCCCUUUUAAUUUUUUUUAAUUAACUUUUCUGUUAA